AUGCGGUAUCCUCGUUCAUGGCGAUCUGUGCAAUUCCUGCGGCGAAGCUUCUCCACCUCCACAUCGCGUUAUGAGAUCCGCCAUCUCGACGCUUUACCGCAACGACUGUUACCCAAAUAUCGCGAGACUCGGGGCGAGCUGCUCUCCUUACAAUGGCCAGCACCGCCACGAAAUGUCCUCUUGGUACGGAAGGAUUGUGCCCCAACGGUGACUGACUCAUUGAUUGAAUUUGCAAAUCAUAUUACAUCGACCUACCCGUCCAUUGCCGUCAUUCUUGAACCCAAGACGGCCGCUGAGAUCCACGAUUCGUUAUCAUACCCUGUUUACGCGGCACCUUCAGAAGAGACUCCGGUCGCCUACCAUGAUAAAGUUGACGUCACUGUCACUCUGGGUGGGGACGGUACGAUCUUGCACGCAUCCUCUCUCUUUGCGACAUGUCCAAACGUGCCCCCGGUCUUGUCAUUCAGCAUGGGCUCCCUCGGGUUCUUGAGCGAAUGGAAAUUUUCCGAGUUCAAGCGAGCCUUCCGAGAGGUUUAUAUGUCCGGUGCUGGCGGGGGCGACCGAACAGCUGUGCUGGAGAAGAAACCAAUAUCUACAGGCGAGGGAAUGGCCCCAGAUACCCCAGAAUCCGAGCCAGGCCCCACGGGCUGGUCAUCUGUCAGGGGCCAAUCGAUGGGUACGACGCGAGGAGCGCCCAUCCUGAUGCGCAAUCGGCUCAAGGUUGGGCUCUUCACAGCUGAUGGCCAAGAGACAACGCCUGUUCGCGGUAAAACCGAUCAUGGCGAGGGAGUCUACGUGAUGAAUGAGCUUCUCAUCCAUCGCGGCAAAGAACCUCACCUCGCGAUUGUCGACGUGUAUCUGGGCGGCCGAUUUUUGACCGAAGCGGUCGUCGACGGAAUUAUCAUUUCCACCCCGACAGGUAGUACGGCGUACAGUCUCAGCAGUGGUGGUAGUAUUGUACAUCCGCUCGUACCCUCUACUCUGCUUACCCCCAUCUGUGCCCGGAGUCUGAGCUUCCGGCCCUUGGUCCUCCCGUGGAGCACGCCCAUCACUCUACGACUGAGCGAGAAGAACCGCGGACGGGAGCUCGAGGUCAGUCUGGAUGGAGUCAAUCUUGGCCAGGGUAUGGCCGUAGGCAUGGAAGUUCGGGUUUGGAACGAAGACAUGAGGCAUGGCAAAAAUGAAUGGCAGGGUGGUGUGCCGAGCGUGAUGCGGAGGAGCAUGGGGGGUGAAGCGCAUGAGGCCUGGGUCGGUGGUCUGAAUGGUCUACUCAAAUUCAACUAUCCAUUCGGUGAGUGA